AUGGAGCGGCGGGCGCAGCAACCCGUCGACGCGCAACAGCCAGGCAAGGACAACGGCGGCGGCGACUCUCCUCCUCCACCGCCACCGUUCUUGGAGGUGACGUGCAGGAGCUCCGGCAAGGUCCGGCGGUUCGUGGCAGGGAUGACGGCCUGCUACGCGCUGCACGCCAUCAACGGCAAGCUCGAACCCGGGGCCCCGCCGGUGCUGCACGUCGAGGCCGUCAGGGACGGCGAAGAGCCCGUCAGCUUCGGCCCCAGCGCGGCCCUCGCUGACUACGGCCGCGGCUGGAGGCUGCAGACCGUCACCGCGCAGGACGCGCCCGGGAUCCAUCACGUGCCGCACGCGGACACGAAACAGGGUGACAGGCAGCUAUUCAAAGAAGAUGCCGUUGAUACGGAGGCAAUAAGGGGCACUUGCAUUGUAACUUGGUCGAUUUUAAUUCGUGUCACUGCAACUCAUGAUAAUUCAUCGUCUUUGUUAUAUGCUCUUGUUGUGGCAACUUCGGGGGCUGGCUAUGUGCUCGGUAGUGGCAACAUCGUGGACAUUGCCGGACUUUGUUCCACAUGUGCUGGUACAAUGAUGGUUGCAGCAUCUGCAAAUACCCUCAACCAGGCUAAUGGCUUGGUAGCUGGGCUUGCAGCUUCUAAUCUUGUUCUGUACGCAUUUGUGUAUACGCCGUUGAAGCAAAUACACCCUGUUAAUACAUGGGUUGGGGCAGUCACUUUGUUUUAA